CGCGGUCUUCCAGCUCCGAGAUGCCAGUUCCUGGUUGCCAAGCAGUUAUUGUUUCUGUGACGGUUGCCGAGGCUGUUGCUAAUUGAAGAAGCCUUCUCAGCAUCUUCCUUUCUCCUCUUUCACUCUCCUCAUUUAAAUUUUAGAGGCAGAAAGAAAAAAGACAGACAGACAGACAGACAGAGAGAGAGAGAGAGAGAGGAGUUUAAGGGUGGUAUACAUUUUGGUGGCAUUAAAUUUUAAUUGGGAAGGGGGAGUGCAAAGCUGUUCUCUCAGCUGGUGAUGAAGUGAUGGGCUAGUUACUCAUCCGUUUCGCUUUAGCUUUGGUGGCUUGAAAUACUUGCACAGUCAAACUCUCUCUCUCUCUCUCUCUCUCUCGCAUGCACGCACAAUCAAACACAUACACACACUCUUGUGAAAUCCCAUUUGCCACUGCGGUGGGCACAAGUGGGUGAACAUGACUACAGCUAAGGAUCAAAGUGCUUCAGGGAAAUCAGUCCAACAACAGGAACAGGAGCUGGUGGGGAGCAACCCUCCACAAAGGAACUGGAAAGGAAUUGCUAUUGCGUUACUUGUUAUUCUGGUUAUCUGCUCCUUGAUUGUCACUUCAGUUAUCUUGCUGACACCAGUCGAAGAUAAUAGCCAGUCUCAAAAGAAGAAGAUUAAGGUGGAAGAUUUGUUCAGCGAAGAUUUCAAAAUUCAUGACCCGGAGGCUAAAUGGAUAAGUGAUUCGGAAUUCGUUUACAGAGACCGGAAUGGCUCCGUGAUCGUGCACAACAUCGAAGCAAACAGCUCAACAGUGUUAAUAGACAACAAAAUAAUUGUGUCAAUAAAGGCUAUUCGAUAUGAAGUUUCACCAGACAGAGAAUAUGGACUUUUUGCAUAUGAUAUUGUGCCGAUGUACCAACAUUCAUAUACAGCUUUUUACGUCCUUCGACGACUGCCUAAUGGGGAACCUCAGAAUUUAUACCCUCCAGAGGUUAGCAACACAAAGCUCCAGUACGCAGGAUGGGGACCAAAAGGACAACAGCUGAUAUUUAUCUUUGAGAACAACAUCUACUACUGUGCCCAUGUGGGGAAGCAAGCCAUCCGUGUGGUCUCCACUGGAAAAGAGAAAGUCAUUUUCAAUGGACUCAGUGACUGGCUGUAUGAAGAAGAGAUCCUAAAGACCCACAUUGCACACUGGUGGUCCCCUGAUGGCACAAGAUUAGCAUACGCAACUAUCGAUGACUCCAGAGUCCCCACAAUGGAGAUUCCCAUGUUCACGGGCAGCCUUUACCCUAAAGUGGAAACCUACCAUUACCCAAAGGUUGGAACAGAAAAUCCAAGCAUUUCCUUACAUGUCAUCGGUUUGAACGGGCCUACUCAUGAUUUGGAAAUGACUCCUCCCGAUGAUCCGAGAAUGAGGGAAUACUAUAUAACUAUGGUGAAAUGGGCAACCAGUACCAAAGUUGCAGUAAACUGGCUAAACAGGGCACAGAACGUUUCUAUCCUGACCCUCUGCGAUGCAACGACAGGAGUCUGCACAAAGAAACAUGAAGAUGAGAGCUCAGCCUGGUUACACCGACAGAAUGAAGAACCCAUCUUCUCCAGAGAUGGCAGGAAGUUCUUCUUUAUCCGAGCCAUUCCUCAGGGUGGACGAGGCGAUUUCUACCAUAUCGCCAUGUCUUCAGCGCAGCCCAACAGCAGCAACGAUAACUUGCAGUCUAUUACAUCGGGUGACUGGGAUGUGACCAAGAUUCUGGGAUAUGAUGAAAAGCAGCAUAAAGUCUAUUUCCUCAGCACAGAAGAGUUACCAAGGACACGACAUUUAUACAGUGCCAGCACGAAAGGGAGCUUCAACAGGCAGUGCCUCUCCUGUGACUUGAUUAACAACUGCACGUACUUCAGCGCAUCCUUCAGCCACAACAUGGCAUACUUCCUACUGACCUGCAAAGGUCCAAGAGUUCCAAUGGUAACUGUUCACAACACAACUGAUAAGCAAAAACUUUUUGAUCUAGAGGUAAAUGAAAAAGUGCAGAAGACUGUAGCAGAAAGCCAAAUGCCCAAGCGAGAAUACAUGGAAAUCAAACUUCAUGAUUACAAAUUACCAAUGCAAAUAUCGAAGCCGGCAGUCUUCACUGAAAACAUGCACUAUCCGCUGCUUCUGGUUGUCGAUGGAACUCCUGGCACGCAGAGUGUGACGGAAAAGUUUGAAGUGAACUGGGAAAGCGUCCUGGUCAGCAACCAUGGGGCCAUCGUGAUGAAGUUCGAUGGGCGCGGAAGUGGCUUUCAAGGGACCAAGCUGUUGCAUGACAUCAAAAGGAAGCUGGGUGCUUACGAAGAAAAGGACCAGACAGAAGCUGUCCGCGCACUGCUGCAAAACACCUUUAUUGAUAAGUCUCGCGUCGCCGUGUUUGGAAAGGAUUACGGCGGCUACUUGAGCUCUUACAUCCUUCUUUCUGGAGAAGAGAAUAAGGACCCAGUCUUCUCAUGCGGUGCUGCUCUGUCCCCACUGACAGACUUCAAAUUAUAUGCUUCAGCCUUUUCAGAAAGAUACCUGGGUUUACAAGGGAUUGACAAUAAAGCAUAUGAGAUUACAAAACUGGCACAUAGAGGGAUAUCAACAAAAGACCAAAAGUUUUUGAUCAUUCAUGCAACUGCCGAUGAGAAAAUCCACUUCCAGCACACUGCUGACCUCAUUUCGCACCUAAUUAGGGCAAAGGCUAAUUACAGCUUGCAGAUAUAUCCCGACGAAAGCCAUUACUUCAACAGUCCGGCUUUGGAGCAACACUUGUACAAGUCCAUUGUCAACUUCUUCAUGGAGUGUUUCAAAGAGCAGGACAGAGCCCCAGUAGUUUCGCCGAAAGAAGACGAGGAAGAGGAUUAACCCUUUGGGCUUGUGCUAGCGAGCACUAAGGCAGUCCCUAACAAUAAUAUGCAACUGAAUCUCUCUGUUUCCCCCCCCUGGAGAAAGGAGCGCUACGCGAGCAUGUAUUUCACAAGACUGGACAAGGAGAGCAGCGCGUCUGCUUGCCCUAGAUCCUGACUCCUUCCUUCCUGAACGGAAAAACUUUUAAGCAUGAGGAACUCAGCAGAAACUGCUGUUUAAAACAAACGAGGGGAAAAAGAAAAGUAUCGGAUCACCUUUCUUGCCACAAAGUGACUUCUGGAGUAAGAUGCUCAAUCAGGAAACUGGACUUAGGAGGAGAUUUUCCCAAGAUGACUCUAAAAAGGCCCUUUGCAUUGAAAGGAUUUAAGCAGUAGGAAUGAAACCCACCAUCUGUCUAUGUUACGGUUCCCUUAGUUAGCACCUCAUUGUCUCGGAUAAAGCUACCAACCAUGGAAUAAAGAUUAUAGCACAAUUAUUUUUCAAAGGUACUGAUUCAUGUGUUGUUUACCCCACCGCCUUCUCUCCAUUUCAAAGAAUUGGCCAUCGCUAUAGAACUACUCAGCUGAGCAGAUGUUUCGUUUGUAG